AUUUUGGCAUGCACUAUACCUGAAAACCCAUGUAAGCUCACUAGAGCACAGGCAAUGAGCUAAAGAAAAAAAAUCUGUAGCUUUCUUUAAUCACAACCAACGCUAUUCUAAUGGCAGAUGAAAGCAAAGGCAGAGGCACAAACUACUGGAUUUCUUCUGCUAGCAUUUGCUAUUACAAACUGUUUUAACUGCAGAUGUCGACCGAUAAAAAGCAUUUGGCAUCACCUUGCUGCUCGCGGAAAAGGAAGCAAUACUCGGAAGAAACAGUCUCUAAAAUUAACUCUAGGAGACGUGAUAUGUACAAGCAGUUAACGGUUAAAAAGCUUGAACUAAAAAAGGGCCAAACCGCACUGCUUGAAUAUACCAAACAAGCUGCUGGGUUUGAAUUACCUAAACAAAAAAUUCUGACGAUAGUUGAGCCACCAUCUGUUACUAUGACAGACGGUAUAUCUUCGAUUGCUGGGCCAGUAGCUGGUUGUGACAAAGGAAAAAAUAUUACCGACCACUUCUCCGUUUUUGAACAGGGCUCCAGCUGUGGUUGAACAACAUCAUCCAGAGACAUCUAUCGUCACAAACAAAGGUUUGUUUCACUUUAAUCUUAUUACAACAUUUACUCUUAUAACAAUAUUUACUGCUGCUCUCUUCUCAACACUAACAUGAUAUAUUGUUGCAACUAAUGUACAUAGGUUAUAAAUAAAAAAUAAUAGGUUUGAACUGGAACAUUAGCGAACUACCCAGUGAUGCAACUAUUUUAAAAAUUGUACCGAACUGUAAAUAUUGUGGAGCAAAAAGAUUUGAAUAUGAAACACCAACAUUUUGUUGUAGUAAUGGUUCAGUUAAGUUGAUGUCACAUGAAAUGCCUAAUGAACUCUUGAAUCUAUAUUUAGGCGAUACCGAAGAAUCUGAACACUUUCGUACAUACCUUAGACUAUACAAUAAUAUGUUUGCAUUUACUUCACUUGGAGUGAACUACGACAAAACACUAGCAAAAAGAAACCAACGAAUUUAUACAUUUAACGUACAAGGUCAAAUGUAUCACUUCAUAAAUGAUCUGAUUCCAACAAAUCGUCAACCAAGAAAUUUACAGCUGUAUUUUUAUGAUGAGAAUAUAGAAAUAUUGAAUCGAAUGGCUUCUUCAUAUAUACUUCGACAAUCGAUUGUUGAGAAGCUAAUGAAUAUACUGAAGAUAAAUCCUUAUUGUAUCUUCUUGAAAUCUCUUAUACAUAUCCCAGAAUUAUCAAACUUUUAUAUUGCAUUGCGAUGUGGCUCUGGCUUAGAUCAACGAAUAUACAACUUGCCAAUUGUGUCAGAAGUCGCAGCAUUAUGGCUAGAACAAGAAACGAACGAUAAUAGUUCCGCACCCCAUAUUCGAAUUUAUACUCACAGUAACAAAAACCAAUUAGUAAAUUACUACUAUGGCUGUUAUGAUCUUUUGCAAUAACCACUUUUAUUUCCUUAUGGUCAAAACGGUUGGCAUUGCGGUAUUCCAAAAAUCGUACAACCUAGAAAUAAAUUGAGAAAGCGAGCUUACUAUGAGACCGAACAACUUCCGAGUGUCUCUAACAUGUGUUCAAUUGAUGGACUACUUGAUAUGGAAGCGGAUGUUUUGCAAAAGGGAAAACGAAAAAGAAAUAAUGUUUCUUGUCUUGAAUACUACUGUUACAAACUCUAGAUGAGAGAUAAUGAGGAAAACGUGAUUUUACAUUCUGGUAGAUUAUUUCAACAAUAUUCAGUUGAUGAAUUCAUAAAAGUAGAAACUCAGAGGUUAGAUUUUGCGUCAUUUAACCAAGAUUUAUUUCGGGUUGAUGUACUACAAGGACCGCAGAUUUAUUUCGGGUUGAUGUACUACAAGGACUUCUAGAUAUCUUAAGACUUGGCGAGAAGCUUCUAAGAUAGGAAAACAAAACUUUCUUCCAACAAGUUUUACGUGUGGUCCGAGAGAUAUGCGCCAACGUUAUAUGGAUGCUAUUGCGUUAGUGCAACAUUUUGGAAAGCCUGAUAUAUUUAUGACAAUGAAAUGCAAUCCCUCUUGGCCCAAAAUAAAGCAACAUUUGUUCCCAACAGACGAAACUCAAAAUAGGCCUGAUUUAAUUAGUCGCGUGUUCAGAGCAAAGGUAGAAGAGAUGAAGACAGAUAUAUUAAAAAGAAACAUUUUUGGAAAAGUUGCAGCUUAUAUGUAUACUAUAGAAUUUCAAAAACAAGGUCUUCCACAUGCUCAUUUCCUUAUUAUACUUACUGAUGACUACAAAUUAUUAACGUCUGAGGCUUAUGACAAAUUUGUUUGUGCUGAGCUGCCUGAUCCUGAUUCAAACUCUUACUUACAUAAGCUUGUUAUUAAACACAUGAUGCAUGGGCCUUGUGGUAAUUUAGAUCCUACAAAUUCAUGUAUGAAAAGAAAUGAGUGCAAAUUUAAGUACCCUAAGAACUUUGCUGAUGAGACAACAAAAGGAAAGAACUCUUAUCCAAUUUAUAGAAGACGAAACAUUGGUAAAUCUAUAAAAGUUAGAAAAAAAAUUCUUGAUAACUCAUGGGUUGUUCCUUAGAAUCCUUAUUUUUUGUGUAAAUAUAAUUGUCAUAUAAAUGUGGAAGUUUGCUCUGAUAUUAAAGUUGUGAAAUAUAUAUACAAAUAUAUAUGUAAAGGGCAUGAUAAAAUUUCGUUUGGCUUACACGAAGAUAACAUAAAUAUACAAAUAGAUGAAAUAAAAGAGUAUCAAUCUGCUAGAUGGGUGUCACCUCCGGAAGCUAUGUGGCGUUUAUUUGCAUUUCCUAUCAAUGAAAUGACUCCCAAGUGUUUAUCACCUCCAGCUAUAUCUUGAUGGACUACAAUUUGUCUCCUUUAAAAAAACUGACACAAUAGACAGUAUCCUGAAAAACCCUAUGAUUAAGAAGACGAUGCUGACAGAAUUUUUUUUGAUGAAUGAAACAAACGAAGAUGCUAAAGAACUUAAGUUGUUGUAUAAAGAUUUUCCACAAUACUUCGUAUGGUCAUCUACCUACAAAAUGUGGACUCGACGGCGACGAGGUCAUGUUAUUGGCCGCGUUGUAACAUGUCAUCCAACAGAAGGAGAAAGAUAUUACCUUAGAUUAUUACUAAUGAAUGUGAGAGCACCAAAAUCAUACGAAGAUCUUCUACGAGUAAACGAGAUAUGUUGCGACACAUUUAGAGAAUCUGCGGAAAGAAGAGGGUUAUUGCACUGUGACAACAGCCUGUUAUCGAAUGCCUUAUAGUUUAAGACGUUUAUUUGCUACAAUAUUAGUACAUUGCAGCCCUGACAAUCCAAGGGAACUGUGGAAACAAUUUGAAGAUUCAAUGUCUGAAGACUUUAAGAACCUAGCCAAUAUAAUGGCAAAAGAUAUCCACCUUGUUGUCCUGAAUCACAUAAAUGAUAUAUUACAUUCCAUGGGCCGUGAAAUUAAUGAGUUUAACCUUGUUUCAAAAACUAAUAUUAAUGAGUUUAACCUUGUUUCAGAAACUAUCACGUCUUCAAAAAUGGCAAAUGAAGCAAAGGAAGUAUAUUUCGAAAGAAACAUCAUUGUGAACGACGAAGAUUUACUGUUGCAUAGAAAAUUAAAUACAAAACAGAAAAUGGCAUACGACGUAAUCCUUCAGAGAGUAUUUGCUAACAAAUCAAGAGCAUUUUUUAUUGAUGGUCCUGGAGGAAGUGGUAAGAGAUUCUUAUAUUGUGCCUUAUUAGCGACUGUGAGAUCUAAAGGAUUUGUAGCAUUAGCAACAGCAACUUCCGGAGUUGCAGCUUCGAUCCUUCCAGAAGGACGAACAGUUCAUUCACGUUUUAAAUUUCCAAUUAAUAUUGAUGAAAGGUUUUCUUGCAAUAUCAGUAAGCAAAGCUCAUUGGCGCCUUUGAUUCGCGAUGCAAAAUUAAUUGUGUGGGAUGAAGUAUCCAUGGCCAAGAAAAACAUGAUUGAAGCUUUAGAUUCUCUUUUGAAAGAUAUAAUGGACACAAAUGUACUUUUUGGUGGAAAAGUUGUUGUGUUUGGCGGAGAUUUUAGACAAACUCUUCCUGUGGUUCGAAGUGGAAAAAAGGAAGACUUCAUUCGGGAAAGCAUAGUGAACUCCGAAAUAUGGAAUGAACUUGAAAAACUUCGAUUAUCAGAGAAUAUGCGUGCGAAAACUGAUCCUUCUUUCUGUGAAUAUUUGAUGCGAAUUGGAAAUGGAAAAGAAAAGACAAACAUGGAUAGUAAAAUAGAAAUUCCGAGGUCUUUCAUUGUUCCUUAUAUUACUGAAAAAGAAUCGUUGGAUCUUUUAUUUAACAUAAUAUAUCCUGAUUUGCAUACGUCUUUUCACGAUUCUUCUUUUUUAACCUCUCGUGUUAUUUUGACGACAAAAAAUGACUUUGUUGAUGAAAUAAAUGAUAGACUUAUAGCUCAAUUUCCUAAAGAUGCCAAGACAUUUAUUGCAAUGGAUGAAACUGUUGAACCAAAUGAUCAAAGCCAGUUUGAGGAUUUUUUGCAUUCAUUAAACCCUGCUGGUUUGCCUCCUUACAAAUCAAUCUUGAAGGAAAAUUGUCCCAUUAUGUUGUUGCGAAACUUAAAUCCUUGUGAAGGUCUAUGCAAUGGUACACGACUGAUAUGCUGUGAUUUUAAGAGCCGUGUUAUAAGCGCUAAAAUUGCGAGCGGUGAUUUCAAAAAUAUACAUGUAUUUAUUCCUAGAAUACCGUUAUUAUCUUCAGAUGAUGAGAAAUUACCUAUUCCAUUUAAAAGAACACAAUUUCCGGUACGCUUGUGUUUUGCAAUGACGAUAAAUAAAGCACAAGGACAAACAUUAGAUUAUGUUGGUAUUUAUUUACGUGAGCUAGUUUUUUCUCAUGGCCAGCUAUAUGUUGUUUUAUCGAGAGCAAAGAGUUCAAGCCGUAUAAAAAUAUUAAUCCGACCAUCUACGGUGGAUAACGAUGAUGACCAGUCUACAUAUAACAUAGUAUAUGAUGAAAUCAUUCAAAAAGCGCUCCUAUAACUCUACAACUUUCUUUUUCAUAUUCCUUGAUUGACCAUACAUUGUUUAUUUCAAUGAUUUUCUUGGGGUAUAUAAUUUUUCGAUGUGCAAUAUAGAAUCAAAAUGCUCAGUGAAAACUUUCACGGAUCAAUCAGUGAAAAAUCUAUAAUUACAAAGGCUUGUUACAUAUUUCCACGAUUUUCGUUCAACUCUGUGAAGCUAGCCUACCACGAAAAAAUCAAGUUUUAACUCCGCCUGUGUUUUAGUGUAAUGUGUUUCAGUUACACUACUGAAUCACAGCCGGUCCGAAGCCCGGACAAAGGAGGAGGGUUUACUAUCUCUCCGUGUUUUACAAUUUUAAAAUGUAGGGUGAUCAGUGAAACAACAUAUAUUGCAUCUUCCAAAACCUAAAGUAUAUCACAAUGCUUCUGUCACCAAGAAGAACUUUUUGCUGCUACCUAAACUCUGUUCUUACUGACUGGCCUGGCUCGAGUACCCCUCCUAGAUGACUCACAAAUGUUUAUCUCCAUUUUGCUUACAAAAAUAUCAAUAUUUUAUCUCUUUUUCAUUUAUGCAAAAUUCGGAGUUAUUUUGGUUGUGCCUUUUGUUUAAAACUUUUCAUCAUUUAAAUAUAGUUAUUGCAGGUGGUUUUGGAGGAGCACGGGUUAAGUAAUUUUGAUUUUGGGUAAAAAAUUCUGUUUCUUCAACUUGGUUGCUCUGCCAUGAUUUGAUUUGUUAACUUUUGGAGUGAGUUUUGUUCAUACUAUAUUGAUUCCAUAAUUUCCUUUUUGGUUUUCUUAUGUGUUUGAUUUUUGUUAUUAUUCUAUGCCGAGCCGGAUUUGCAGUCGCUUUGGAGGCCAUUUGGAAUUUGAAGAUGUUCCAUUGUAGGUUAUUUCAAAACUUAAGUUUAUUUCUAUUAUUCUACAUAAAUGAAUGGCUAGCUAUUUAUGUAGUUCAAAUAUGUCAACCCUUUUGCUUCUUCAUAUAAGUACAUAUAUAGAUCUUACACCGAAGUCAACUCUUGAAUAUUUCAGACCUUCGGGUACCAUACGAACUGUCUAGCUUUGUUUCUGCUGGUAUAAAGGGAUAAUGUGUUUUAUUUUCAAGCCUUAGAUUUUCCUUGGUGACCUUUACUUUUGUAAGAUGAGUAUUUUUAUUUUUAGUUCUUCAUACAACAGAACCGAGCGCUUUGAUUUUCAUUAAACGAAGAGGGUUUAUUGUCUGUUAGCAACAACUUUCUUAUCUCUUUCUAACCUAUUAAAGCCGUUAUGGUUUAGUAAUUGGUUCCCUGUUACGUAUUUUAGUUGAUGUUGUCCAUCGAGUUUUAUUAACAUAUUUAUCUUUCAAUAUCAAUUUCUUUGAAACUACAUUUGUUAACUAAUUUUAUACUUUUUUUAGCAGAAUCUUUUCUAUAUUAUGCACCAUUAAGCCAUGAUAGCUCAAGGAAGUGAGAUUGGACCUGAAAUGAAUGACACGUAAGCUAUAUCAAACUACGCUGAUCGUAUAACCAUUGUUAAAAAGGCGACAGUGUAUUAGCAGAGAUUUCAACCUUGGAAGAUACACUACCGCUUUUUUAACAAUCGUUAUAUGUUAUCAAAAACAAAACUCUAAAGUCAAUUCUCUUUCUUCUAAUCUCUUUAUCUUCUUAUCCAGGUAUGCUUUUUUUUUCCAAUUUUUGCUCACCGAUGGACUAAAUGGCUAUUUAGACUUUGUUUUCUUCAAAACUAUACUGUAAAGUAACAUAGAGGUAUUACUUUCAUAGAGGUAUUUGCAUAUCCUUUGACGACUAAAGUUCUGCGAAUUUUUUGGAUAGAGACAAUGGCAUACAUCCUAACACCACAUGUUUUGAAAUAUAGCUUUGUCAUCACAUAGGUGAGCUUCAUCUAAAAUAUUUUAUUUUACUGAUUUCUCGAAAAUAUAAAUAUCUUCUGCUAAAGUUUAUCAGACGCACAAUUAGAAUCAAUUACAAUCCCAUUGAACCUUAGGUAGCAAAGGUAGCAGUCUAUUAUGCUCAAUGCCAUUGAACCUUAGGUAGCAAAGGUAGCAGUCUAUUAUGCUGGAGUAGUAUAUUGAAUUCUUUGUAAGACAUAUUUUUAGUUGACAGUGGUGAUCGCUGGCUAAUACACGAACCAAUCAGAUGGGUUGAUUUAGAGAAGACAGACUAGGAACCUUUAUUUUAGGAGUGACUGGAGUAUAAAAUGAUUGAAAAUGUUACUACUGUAUUGUUAAUAGUUUCCAGGAUUAGCUGUUAAAAAAUAAUUUAUUUAGCUUAACAGUUUCAGAUAUCUACUAACGUUCCAUCUUCAAGUCAUCUUCUGAAUAAACAUCUGAGAGCCAGGCCAUUUUGUGAAUCACUACUGAAAAUAGUUGGUGGUAGACUGUUAAUAUUGGACAACUUUCUCCACCAAAUAUCAGACCAGAACUUAAUUCUGAACAGUGUAAAGGACACUUUAGUUGAAGUGAAGCUAUAAUGAAAGCUGCAAGAGCUGAGAUAUCAGCUGCGUUGAACAAAAUGAAGAAAGAGACACAGUUUGGAAGUGGAACAUAACAUUACUGAACGAAGGAAGAAAGUUGAAGCUGAGUUACAAGAAGCUUUAAAAGAGAAAAAGAAAAUGAAAAUGAUGGAAAAUAUGUGUUCAUUAGUAGAGCGACUGUACAAAAUUUUUCUCUGUUAUAUCAUUUUCCUUUGUUGACAAAUUAUCAUUUCUCACUAGAAAAAACGCAAAAGGAUAAGUGGAUUGCCUUUUAUCGUAUUAGUACUUGGUAAGGCCUUCUAAUUAUAACUCUUUCAUCAUUUUGUGGUCUGCAUCAAUCUUUGGCAGCCCCCUCAUGAUUAAAAGAUGUCCAUUUACUUUAUAUAUAUUGAAAGUUACUCUUCUAUUUCAACACAUGCCAAAUUUGAUGGCCAAGAGCCUAAGAAACAAGUCAAACUACUUUGUUUGUCAUAUGAUACCAUUUACACUAUAGUUUUUCUUUCAAUUUCAAUGACUAUGAUACCGUUUUGAUUUUUCCCAAGAAUAUAUGCGUCAGAACCGAGGAAAUCCCAUAUACCAUGUGUACUUUGUUUUACUUUUUAAUCUUUUUCAUAUGUGUUCUGCCAAAGAAGAGGCAUCUAAUUAAAGUUUUUAACUCUGUACUGAUUACGUUGAACUUCGUUUCUACAGAAGAAGAAGAAGAAGCAACUAAGGCAUGGCAUUUCAUAGACGAGCCCACUUUUACUGAUCUUCAUUGAGAUUAUUUCACAACAAUGCUAGCUUCGGUUAUGGCAUAAUUGGUGAAACAUAUGACGAAAUCUAACAACUGCCUUUGCUCCCAGUUCAACAGGUAUUCAGCAGAUUAUAGCAUAUUUCACUUUUGCAUAGCAGACAACGAGCAUGAUUGGAGAGACGGAUCUGAGCAACACAGUUUUAUUGAACAUUGUCUUGCAUCAGUAGACAAAAACAGAAGCAGAGCCUUGGCUGAUUUUUUCGGCUUCGCAUUGGAAACUUUGCAGGGGUGUUACCUGAGUACUCUUGUAAUUACACAGUAUUUUUUUCAAACGAAAACACACCAUAACUUGAAGUGCACGGGCCAAUCCCAUCUAGUUAAUAUACAUACACGUAUAUGGCACCUUUACCAAGUAUCUUUCCCUUAUCCAUUCCAUUGAUAGGAAUAUCCAUUUAUUAA